CCGUGCGUGUGUGUGCACGCCCGAGCGAGCAACAGAACCGCUUAUAAACAGAUGUGUGCGAGCCUGAGUGUGCGCAGGCGCGCGUAUGUAUGUGUGUGUGUUCCUUCGUUCGCGCUAGACACCAGAAAGUAUAAGGGCGAGGGACAGGCGCGCGGGACACCGGUCGACCUCUCAAAACGCAGCCUGGACCCUUCGGAGCGCGUGAAACACGGACGGAUCCCGGAGUUAAUUAAGUUAUUAAGCCUCAUUAGUGGGAACCAAUCAAAACACAGGAAACAAUGGCGACGGAAUGUUUGGACAAAAAGCAAACCAUCGACCUGCGGAAGAAGUUCAUCGGACCGUCCUGCAAGGUGUUCUUCAGUCAUGACCCCCUGAAGAUCGUGCGGGCCAGAGGACAGUACAUGUACGACGAGAACGGGCAGCAGUACCUGGACUGCAUCAACAACGUGGCCCACGUGGGCCACAGCCACCCGGCCGUUGUGCGGGCGGGAACCCAACAGAUGGAACUGUUGAACACCAACUCCCGUUUCCUCCACGACAACCUGGUGCUGUACGCAGAGCGGCUGCAGGCCACGCUGCCCGACCCGCUCUCCGUCUGCUACUUCGUCAACUCCGGCUCGGAGGCCAAUGACCUCGCCCUGCGCCUAGCCUGGCAGUACACCGGCCACAGAGACGUCAUCACGCUGAACAAUGCCUACCACGGCCACGUCUCCUCCCUCAUCGACAUCAGCCCGUACAAGUUCCACCAGCUGUCGGACGACGAGCACAAACAGUCGGUGCACGUGGCCCCGAGCCCAGAUGUCUACCGGGGAAGGUUCCGAGCGGACCACCCUGACCCUGCUCUGGCCUACUCCGAUGAGGUCAGAGACAUCAUCACCCGGGCACACGAGAGAGGGGGCAAGAUCGCCGCCUUUAUCGCCGAGUCGCUGCAGAGCUGCGGGGGGCAGGUCAUCCCCCCUCCCGGCUACUUCCAGAAAGUGGCAGCUCACGUGCGGGCGGCAGGGGGCGUGGUGAUCGCGGACGAGGUGCAGGUGGGCUUCGGCCGCGUGGGGAGCCACUUCUGGGGCUUCCAGCUGCAGGGCGAGGACUUUGUGCCCGACAUCGUCACCAUGGGGAAGCCCAUCGGCAACGGACACCCCAUGAGCUGCGUGGUCACCACCCGCGAGGUGGCCCAGGCCUUCAUGGCCGCCGGCAUGGAGUACUUUAACACGUUCGGCGGGAACCCGGUGUCCUGCGCCAUCGGCCUGGCCGUGCUGGACGUCAUCCAGAAUGAGGACCUACAGGGGAACGCCCUGCGGGUGGGGGCCCACCUGAGCCGUCUGCUGGGGGGCCUGAAGGAGACGCAUCCCCUGGUGGGCGACGUCAGGGGCCCCGGUCUGUUUGUGGGCGUGGAGCUGGUGAGGGACCGGGUGAAGCUCACUCCUGCCACUGCCGAGGCACAGGAGGUCAUCUACAAACUGAAGGAGCAGCACGUCCUUCUGAGCGCCGACGGCCCCCACAGGAACGUCCUGAAGAUCAAGCCCCCCAUGUGCUUCAGCCGGGAGGACGCGGAGCGCGUCGUGGAGAAGAUCCACCUGGUGCUCUCAGAAAUCGAGACGGCGCUAAACAUGAGCAUGCCCAGUCCGGUUCAUCUGGAAAACGGGAAGAACAAGAGCAAGCUUCCUGAGGAAAAUGGCGUCCAGGGCAAGGGAAGCCAUAUCAAGGACAUCCGAACGUAACACAGUCACUCACUGGUUGUACUGGUUUUGAUGCUGGCGUCUGGUGAUGGGGUUCCAGGGGUAUGACUCGAAGAGUGGUUAAGGUUCAACACGUGGUUUAUUCAGAGACACGAGGUCUGGAGGUGGGUGAUGAAGCAUAGGACAAAGGAAAGGCUAUAGUAUAUAUUGGUAAAGAAGUCAUGCCUACAUCAGACAGUUUGACGUUCACAGUGUUGUUUUGACCGCUCUGUGUAUGAGCUGAAACCAGUCAGAACCAAUGUUGGCUCUGAUACUGUUUCAGGUCCAAUGAGGUAAUAUUAUUAGCUUUUACAAUUUGUAGUCCAGAUUAUAUUAAUUUAUUUAUCAUCACUUGGCCCGUAGCGCUUACAGAAGACCCUCCCAGUAAGGUUGCUGGUUUGUCUUACCGGAUGCUUUCCUUGGUGGUUGCUGAUUCUAUGCAAUUGAUUUGAGCUUUAGCUGUAAUCGAAAGCGUUUUGAAAAGGACACUGAUGUUUAAAAAGACUAAUUGUGCUACAUCAUAUGUGCUCCUGUCCAAUUGGCUGACUCAUUAAUCCCCUCACUCCCCACCUCAAGCUGGUGUGUGGUGAGCGUUCUGGCGCAGAUUGGCUGCCGUGCAUCACCCAAGAGGGUGCUACUCACUGGUGGUGGUGAGUGAGGUCCCCCCCUUCACUGUAAGCGUCUUUGGGUCAUUGAAAAGCGCAAAAUACAUAUGAUGAACUAUUAAUUAUUAUUAUGUGUGAAGGGAUCAUGUGAGAUUUUGUUAUGUAAUAUAAGAUUCACUUUAAUAAUUCUAUGCAUGGCUGGUUGGUGCUGUGGUUUGCUGUCCAAUUAAUGCAAUCUAUAUUUAUUGUAUAACUUUAUACGGUGUUUUAUCAAGAGACAAACAACGAUUGUUUGCUGAUGUUAGACCAACAGAAAAAGUAUGUUUUAAUAAUAAGGAUGUAGCAAUGUGUCGUUUUUGUCAUACCUUGUUUGAUUCUUAAUAAAUUGACGUA